CACAAACUUGUAGCAAUCCACAAAUUAAUUGUUGCAGAAAGAGAUGGAAGCUCAGGAAAUCAGCCAGCAACCUUCCAGCUCUGCGACGGUCCAAGGAAAUAAGUCAAGCCGCUUAAAGGCAUUUUGCAAAUGCAGCGUAGGGUGGAGCUGCGUCAUCACUCGUACGGAGGGUCCAGACGCAGGCAAGGCCUUUGUCAAAUGUGGGGGAGAAUGCACUUGUGUUAUGUGGAGAGGCGGAUGGGACGGUGAUAAAGGACGCAAAGCUGCCGAAGGAGCUAGAAGAUAUGGCAGAAGGAGAAGUAUUCUGCAAGUGUGGUGAAGGGUGGAGUUGUGUGAUCUCGAAAGUUGAAGGGCCUGAUGCUGCUAAAUCCUUCUAUGAAUGCUAAAUCCUUACUGAUUGUUUACAUUUUCUUUGUUGGGUGGUUUCAGUUGUGGCCUUCCUAGUUUGUCUGUCUGUCUGUCUUUGUGCUGUGGUUGGCUUUAGGCCUUUCGGCCCUCUUUUUCUUUGUGGAAUGAUAUUCACAUUUAGCUAAACAA